CGUUGUACUUCCGCUAGUUUGAAGCACCGCCGGAAUAAGUCAUUCCAAGUUUCUAUUUCUGUUUUUUCCAUUAUCUCGUUACAAUGGACAGCAUCGAACGAGGAGAAUCUUCACUUACUUAUGGGGGCACCGGAGAUCAACAGCCCCAAGGAGAAGACCAGAGAGCUGCUAUUAAUGCCCUGAUAGAACAGUGCAGAAAUACAUCAGGCCCUGAGCCAAAGCUGAUGAUUUCAAACAAACAUCCUGUCAUGCUGUUGAAUGAGAUGAGAAGAGAUGCUGUGUACCAACUGACAGCGGAAAAGGGAGACAAUCUUCUCAGGAUCUUCGAGAUGACACUGAGCGUUGCUGACAAGAAUUUCAUCGGAUCAGGACUGACCAAGAAGACGGCCAAGCAAGAUGCAGCUGAGAAGGCCCUGAAAGAGAUCUACAACAUUCUCUACGUUCCAGAUGAAGAUGCUGUAGUGAAGAAGGCCAAGAAGAGGACAGCUCAGGAGGUGGGUGGGCUAGAGGAAGAAGACGAGGAAGAGGGUGCAGCAACAGUACCAAAGGAAGAACAAGAAGCUGGGGAGGAGGCAGCUGAGACACAUACAGACGCGGACGGCGACGACGAGAUGCUGGGGAAGAAAAGGGCGUUCCCCACUCAUGGGGCAAAUGGACACAUGGUUAAGGCAAAGAAACGAAAAAUGCAUGGACCUCCCACACCUAAAAAUGCCUUGAUGCAGCUGAAUGAACUAAAACCAGGACUGACAUUCCAGUUUGUGUCUCAGACUGGUCCUGUGCAUGCCCCGGUGUUCACGAUGUCCGUCGAGGUGAACGGCCAGGUGUUUGAUGGAGCAGGGACCACAAAGAAAAAGGCCAAACUGUUGGCAGCCGAGAAAGCUUUGGGAUCAUUUGUGCAGUUUCCUAAUGCUUCUGAGGCACAUCAAGCUAUGGGGAGGCAGAUCACCAACGCAGACUUCACGUCAGACAGUGCGGACGUUGAUGUCAAUUUGUUUAACAACUUUGAAGGUGAGAAGGGCAAAGUGAUUGAGACCAUAGAGACAGCACCUGCUGCUGUCCAGAAUGGCUCCAGUCAUCCUCCUGGACGGAAGGCAGCUGUUCCUUCUCAACCUACUGGAAAGAAUCCUGUGAUGAUUCUGAAUGAACUCCGACCAGGCCUGAAGUAUGACUUUGUAUCCGAGACAGGCGAGAGUCACUCCAAGUGUUUUGUGAUGUCAGUGACUGUAGACAGUGAAACAUUUCAAGGAUCUGGACGCAACAAGAAACUGGCAAAGGCUCGGGCAGCACAAGCCGCACUGACCAAAAUCUUCAACCUUGAGUUCAGCCAUGCUCCUGGUACACUACCAGUUCCUCGGGACGGUGCUCUUCAAGUUCCCCAAAUCCUGGCAGAUGUUGUAUCCAAGCUGGUUCUGGACAAGUUCAGUGAGCUGACCGACGGCUUCACCAGCCAGUACGCCCGGCGGAAAGUCCUGGCUGGAUUUGUGAUGACUCAGGGUCCGGAGACAGACAAUGCUCAGGUGAUCUGUGUGACGACCGGCACCAAGUGCAUCAAUGGGGAAUACAUGAGCAGCCAGGGCCAGGCAGUCAAUGACUGUCACGCAGAGAUCAUGGCCAGGAGGUCCUUGUUGAGGUUCCUGUACUCCCAGCUAGAAAUGCAUCUUGGUUCUGACCCCAUAGCAGAGGGGUCCAUAUUCAUCAAGAAGGAAAAUGGAGGCUAUUGUUUGAAGGAGAACAUUCAGUUCCAUCUGUACAUAAGCACAGCUCCUUGUGGUGACUCCCGGAUAUUUUCACCCCAUGAGAAGGAGGCAGAGUUGGCUGACAGACACCCCAACAGGAAGGCUCGAGGGCAGCUGAGGACAAAGAUCGAGUCUGGGGAGGGGACGAUCCCAGUGAAGACAUCAGGGGCGAUACAAACGUGGGAUGGAGUACUGCAAGGGGAACGUCUCCUCACCAUGUCCUGUAGUGACAAGAUUGCCAGGUGGAACGUCCUUGGUAUUCAAGGGUCUCUCCUCAGUCACUUUGUGGAGCCUAUCUACAUCGACAGCAUCGUCCUGGGCAGCCUGUACCAUGGUGACCAUCUCUCCCGCGCUGUCUACGCACGCAUCAACAACAUCGAGAACAUUUACAUGCCUUUCAUGCUCAAUAGGCCUUUCCUCAGUGGCAUAUCCAACCCGGAAUCCCGGCAGCCAGGGAAGGCGCCCAACUUCAGUGUCAACUGGUGCCAUGGCGAUGAUGGCUUCGAGGUGAUCAACGCAACCACAGGGAAGACAGAACAAGGCCCAAUGUCUCGUGUGUGCAAGCAGUCGUUGUUUCAGCAUUUUGACAAACUCUUCGGCCAGGUUUCCUCGGUGACAAGUCAAACCAUCACAACACGUCCAAAGUUGUAUUCCGAGGCCAAGGCAGGUGUUAUGGACUAUCAACUGGCUAAGCAGCAGCUAUUCAAAGCAUUCCAGAAGAGUGGGCUCGGGAGCUGGGUGACAAAACCCAUUGAGCUUGACCAGUUUGAGCUUAUUUCAAGUUGAGUUGUCUCCCUUCAUUAACAUGAUUAUCUCCCUUCCUGGUGAGAUACAUACCACUGUUUAAGCUCAAACAUGCUGAUUGUACUGAAAGAAAUGAUUAGUUUUGAACUAAAUUUAGAGUUAUAUUUGAGACUUGAGAUGUGUUCAUGUAAUUGUGAGAGUAAAACUUAGUUUUCUUUCUUCUCUUUCUAACUACAUUGUCUGUAGAAAUAUCAGAUGCUUCUUUGUAAAAGAUAUGAACUGGAGAUCCACAUUGGAAAUGUGGCAGAGAAACUAUACCAGUGUAUAUGUGGAUAGUAUCAUGAAGGUUGAAAAGGGGUCUGUAGAAAGUAAAGACAAGAUAUGUACACUCAGGUUGUCACUUUUAAACCUAUUCAGGUUUUCCUUGGUAUUUUUUUAGAUAAUUGUUUUUUGCAGACAUUAUGCUUGCGUCAACUUCACACUGAACUUAAAUUGGGAUUUCCUGUUUUCAUUUCUUUUAAUUUUGAACUUUUCAACUUGUGAUUUUAUGCCACUGUCCAUGCAGUGAACGUUUUGUUUCAACACUGACUUGUUUCUUUUAUUCAACUGUGUUCUCAAACUUUUUAUCUUUUGUUUCAUCUGUUAAUUUGUUACUAAUGAUGUAUGAAUUCAAGAAUCAUGAUGAGAAAGGAAGGAAUUGUACAAAUACAUGUCAACAUGACCAUUCUGAACUCACAAUAUACUCUUUCACUAUUUGUGUGCUGAUGUUUCAAAACUUUUUAGAAACAGGACAUAUCAAAGAUUGGUGAAUCACUCCUAACCCAAAUAUUUUGUAAAUGAGAAGAGAAAAACAAUCAAAUGCUGUGCUGUCUCAAUAUCUUGGGCUUAUUUCUCGAUAAGUAACAUUAUAGGGCGGUGGGGUAGCCUAGUGGUUAAAGCGUUGGCUCGUCACGCCAAAGAACCGGGUUCGAAUCCCCACAUGGGUACAAUGUGUGAAGCCCAUUUCUGGUGUCCCUCGACGUGAUGUUGCUGGAAUAUUGCUAAAAGCGGCGUAACACCAACCUCAGUCAGUCAGUCAGUCAGUAACAUUCUAGGUCUGGUUAUUGCCAUGGGUUUAGAUAGUAAUAUGGCUAUGGGUGAAAGUAUAGGUACAGGAUAUUGCUACAGAUGGGAAGUUGGUGUUACCAGGGUUUUAUCCUGAAGGGAAACACUUAGCAUUUCAUCUGUAAUUAGUUUUCCUCAUGAUAAGUACAAAUUAAUACAUGACUUGUUUUAUGGACAACUUCUAUUUUUUCUUUAUGUGACAUUUCAGAGCUAAUUCUUGCUGCUUCACCUGAUGUAUUCAUGUCCAGUUCUAAAUGCCUUUCAAGAUCAGUACAGAUGUUUCCUUGUUUGUAAGUCCAGGUCUUGCAAGUAGUGUAUGGCUCCCUACAGCCCUAGUUCACUGUCACCUCGAAACACUGCAUCUAUGAUGCACUCUCCGACAUCCUGAAUCUUUGAUAUGUCCCAUGUGUCACGGAUGUCAACAUUUUUCUCAAGUUCAGAAACAAAUUAGUUGUAGAAAACUUAUCUGGAAAUUGUCACUUGUCAUGGAUUAUGGAAAUUGUCAAAUUUUAUAAAAAAAUCAAACUCACUUUUUGUCUUCUCUGCUGGUACAGGUCAUGAAUGCAUACAUUUUACUUGCAAAUCCUGACACUUUUCAGUGGAAUGGCAGAAGCCUGGCAGUGUGGGUCUAUUGGUUAGAGACUUGGCUGAACAGUCAGCAUUACCAUGUAAUUGCUCACACAGUUUACAUUUGUUUGUUUUUUUACAAGUUAGUGUGUUUACUUUGUGUAGUUUCUAGUACUGGGCAGAGAUCUGACAAGACAAGGUGGCUUCUUGUAGUAGUACUGAAGUCAAGUCGUCCCUGGUCUGGACUAAUGCAGGAACUUUGUGUUUAUAAGUAACAGACCAUAUCAUCACUGUUCCACAAUACGAACAUCCUCUUGCAGAGUUGCCUCCCUCAUCCCUACCUGGAUUCACUUAGGUUAACCAGAGUGGUAAGUGUCUGGGUGGGGCUUCCAUCUUGGAGUGAGGUACUGGUAAUAACCUUAACGAUGAUGCUAGACUAUUUAUAGCUCACUGAAGUACAGUUUCAGAUGGAGUUGCACCUAGUCAGGCGCCAUGGAAUAUCGGUAUUUGAUGAAACCAAAAUUUUCCCUUUUGAACUUCAGAGAGCUCAGUUCCUUUUCAGGGGAAAAAUAAUAAAUUGACAAAAUUUUAUAGUGUAAUAAAAGAAUUAAACUUACCAGUUUAACACAUUAACUUUGCUUGAUGUCAGUAACAAGGAAGAGGAGGCCUUAAAGGCUGAACUCUUUCUAACAUCACUUGUUCUUUUCUGAUGCAUGGCCGGAUUUCCACAUAGAGUUAAUGCAUCAAAAGAAGAUAUUUUGUAUACAAACAACUGUAGAGUUAAGUCACUUUAGUUACUGACAUUUUUAAACAGAAGCUGUUCAAUUAGCAAAUCAACAUUUUUAUAUACUUGUUUUUGAUGUCAUGUUGAAUUUUAACUCACUCACUCUUAUGUACCUGUGAAUAUUUCACUUUAUACUUCACUGGGAGCUGCGAGCGAGGUUUGCUUGUCAGAUGUUGCUAGGAUAUAUAUUUCACUAGGAUAUAUAUUUCACACGUGUAAAUUGUCCAUCAGAACUGUGUACAGGUUAUCAUCAUCCAGCUGUCUGACGCCAGAAGAUAGCCAAGUUGUUUGCGCCUUUGCCCAUGUUCAUUUACGUCUUCAGUUCAAGGCAGUUUGUUUCACUUACAUAAGUUUUUAUUGAAUUCUUAAUCAUGUGUGUACUUAAUGCGGAAAAACAAUAACAUUUGAAAAAUAUAUUCUGUAAUCAUGAAGACAUUUUUGUGUGUGUUCUCAGAGACUGGUCAUUUAUUACGGGAUGAAGAAGGGGACAUCUUUGAUCUACUAAUGUUUUGAAAGUAAUGCUUUCACAACCCUCCCUGAAAAGACAAAAUUAUUCAAUACCUCUUCAUAUUUUAUUAAAAAUGUCCAUUUUUUAUGACCCUUACCUUGAGAUUGUCAUAGCUCUUGAUGAUUGCCCCCACCCAGGAUAGAUGACCAGUCCCUAUAUUCAGGUACGAUGUCCGUUUUUUUUAACAUCAACUCAUAACAUACCUUCUCCUGUGGUGACCUCACUGAUAUCAUGUGACUAGAUCAUAACAUACCCUCAAAUAUUCCUGUUGAUCACCAACAUUUGUUAACUUGAAGCUUCAUAUGAAUAAACUCCUUGCAGUUCUA